UGUUUUAACUGUACCUAAUUUUGGUGACUUCAGAUUAAUUGGGAGUAUGUUUUUACAGAGAAUGGUGACAUUUAAAGAUGUGGCUGUGGACCUCACCCAGGAGGAAUGGCAGCAAAUGAAACCUGCUCAGAGGAACUUGUACCGGGAUGUGAUGCUAGAGAACUACAGCAACCUAGUCACAGUAGGUUGUCAAGUCACUAAACCAGAUGUGAUCUUCAAAUUGGAACAAGAAGAGGAGCCAUGGGUGAUGGAGGAAGAAAUGUUUUGGAGAUGCUCUCCAGAAGUUUGGGAAGUUGAUGAACAGAUCAAGAAACAACAGGAAACACUUGUGAGGAAAGUCACAUCCACCUCCAAGAAAACUCUGACUCAGGAAAAAGUCAUUAAAUGUAAAAAAGUUGCAAAAAUAUUUCCACUGAUCUCAGACAUUGUUACUUCAACACAAAGCUUCUAUGAAUGUGACUCACUUAACAAGAGAUUGGAAAAAAAUUUAGAUUUACUUAAUUAUGAGAAAGGCUGUAUAAGAGAGAAAAAGUAUGAAUGUAAUGAGUUUGGGACAUCAUUUUACAAUUGCUCAUCCUAUGUUGUGACCCCCUUUAAGUGUAACCACUGUGGACAAGACUUCAGCCAUAAAUUUGACCUCGUCAGACAUGAGAGAAUUCAUGCUGGGGAAAAGCCUUACGAAUGUAAGGAAUGCGGGAAAGCCUUCAGCAGGAAGGAGAAUCUUAUUACACAUCAGAAAAUUCAUACUGGGGAGAAACCAUAUAAGUGUAAUGAAUGUGGAAAGGCUUUCAUUCAAAUGUCAAACCUCAUUAGACACCAGAGAAUUCAUACUGGGGAAAAGCCUUAUGCAUGUAAGGAUUGUUGGAAAGCCUUCAGUCAGAAAUCAAAUCUCAUUGAACAUGAGAGAAUUCAUACUGGAGAAAAACCCUAUGAAUGUAAGGAAUGUGGGAAAUCCUUCAGCCAGAAGCAAAAUCUUAUCGAGCAUGAGAAAAUUCAUACUGGGGAGAAACCUUAUGCAUGUAAUGAAUGUGGUAGAGCUUUUUCUCGAAUGUCAUCUGUGACUCUACAUAUGAGAAGUCACACAGGGGAGAAACCCUAUAAAUGUAACAAAUGUGGAAAAGCUUUCUCUCAGUGCUCAGUAUUUAUUAUACAUAUGAGAAGCCACACAGGUGAGAAACCCUAUGUAUGUAGUGAGUGUGGGAAAGCCUUCUCUCAGAGUUCAUCCCUUACUGUACAUUUGAGAAACCAUACAGCUGAGAAACCCUAUGAAUGUAAUGAGUGUGGAAAAGCCUUCAGCCGGAAAGAAAAUCUUAUUACACAUCAGAAAAUUCAUACUGGAGAGAAACCUUACGAAUGCAAUGAGUGUGGGAAAGCUUUUAUUCAGAUGUCAAACCUCAAUAGACACCAGCGGAUUCAUACUGGUGAGAAGCCCUAUGCAUGUACAGUAUGUGGGAAGGCCUUUAGUCAGAAAUCAAAUCUCACUGAACAUGAAAAAAUUCAUACUGGAGAGAAGCCCUAUCAUUGUAAUCAGUGCGGAAAAGCCUUCAGUCAGAGACAAAAUCUCCUUGAACAUGAAAAAAUUCAUACUGGAGAGAAACCAUUUAAAUGUAAUGAAUGUGGUAAAGCCUUCUCUCGAAUCUCAUCCCUUACUCUUCAUGAGAGAAGUCAUACAGGAGAGAAACCCUAUGACUGUAAUAAAUGUGGAAAAGCCUUUUCUCAGUGCUCAUUGCUUAUUAUACAUAUGAGAAGUCACACAGGUGAGAAACCCUUUGAAUGUAAUGAAUGUGGGAAAGCAUUUUCUCAAAGAGCAUCUCUUUCUAUACAUAAGAGAGGAAUUCAUACUGGAGAGAAAUCCUGUGAAUGCAUGAAGUGUAAGAAAGAUUUCAGGUGCCAAACACGUCCUAGUCAACAUGAGAAAACUCAUGAUAAGGAAAAAGACUCUGAAUGUGAAGAAUGUGGGAAAGUCUUUAACAGUAGGUCAGACCUGAUUAAACAUCAGAGACUUCAUGGAAGCAAAAAAAGCAAUGAUAAUAAGAAAGGUGCCUCUGACAUUACUAAAUUUCAGAGUACUCAUAGUGGUGAGAAACCUCAUAAGUGUAAAGAGUGUGGGAAAGCCUUUCAUUCUAGCUCACAACUUAGUCACCAUCAAAAGAUGCAUAUAGGUGAGAAACCCUAUAAAUGUAAGGAGUGUGGGAAGGCUUUUCCAUCUAAUGCACAACUUAAUCUUCAUCAGAGAAUUCAUACUGAUGAGAAGUACUUUGAAUGUAAGGAAUGUGGGAAAGCCUUUACCCGACCCUCACACCUUCUCCGACAUCAGAGAAUCCAUACUGGUGAGAAACCCCAUAAGUGUAAGGAAUGUGGGAAAGCUUUUCGUUAUGACACACAGCUUAGUCUUCAUCAGAUUAUUCAUACUGGUGAAAGACGCUAUGAAUGUAAGGAAUGUGGGAAGGUUUAUAGUUGUGCCUCACAACUGACUCUACAUCAGAGGAUUCAUACUGGUGAGAAACCCCAUAAAUGUAAGGAAUGUGGAAAAGGUUUUAUCUCUGAUUCACAUCUUCUUCGACAUCAGAGUGUUCAUACUGGUGAGAAACCCUAUAAAUGUAAGGAAUGUGGGAAGGGCUUUCGUCGUGGCUCAGAACUCACUCGACAUCAAAGAGCUCACGCUGGUGAAAAACCGUAUAAAUGUAAAGAAUGUGGAAAGGCCUUUACUUGUAGCACAGAACUCGUUAGACAUCAGAAAGUUCACACUGGUGAGAGACCCCACAAAUGUAAGGAAUGUGGGAAGGCUUUUAUUCGAAGAUCAGAACUUACUCAUCAUGAAAGAAGUCAUAGUGGUGAAAAACCCUAUGAGUGUAAGGAAUGUGGAAAGGCUUUUGGUCGUGGCUCAGAACUGAGCCGACAUCAGAAAAUUCAUACUGGUGAGAAGCCCUACGAGUGUAAGCAGUGUGGGAAGGCCUUUAUUCGUGGUUCACACCUUAGUCAGCAUCAAAGAAUUCAUACAGGACAGAGGAGUGACUGAAAAAAUAUGGGAAAGCCCAGAAUUUGAUUGACAUCAGAAAAUUCAUGCUGUUUUUAAAAACAAAAGAAUUAUAGGGAAGUUUUUUCCCAUAGUUGUGGUUUUCAACAGAAUUCAUACCAUGGAAGAAUGGUGUGAAAGCCCCAUGUUUAAAGGACCAGAAAUUAUCUGACACUUGUUACGGAUGAGAAACCUUAUAAAUGUUGGAAAUUGAAGGGGGGGGUCUUAUUUGUUUCAAAAUUUAUUAAACAUCAGAAUUCAAUCAGUGAAAAAAAAUUUGUGAAUAUAAGGAAAAUGGGAAUGCCUUUUUGGUGGUUCAGAACAAGUCAACCUCAGGGAAAAAUUUAUGAGGACAGAGAAACUAUUGGGACAUUUCUCACCAUUGGGGUAAUUAGCCCUUAGGGGAAAUCAAAGGAUUAAAACUAUAAAUGCCAUAUAUGAGGAUCACUAAUUUGCUUUAGAUAGGUAAGUUAUUCAUCUGCUAAUUCAUAGCUAGAAAGGCUCCAUUAGUUCUAAAAUGCAUAUUCUUCCAUCCCACUCAAAUUUUGUUAAAUAUUUAUGAGCCAAUUCUAUAAAGUUAACUUGAGCUGAAUUGGUGUGGGAAAGGAUUGAGCCAAUACUUAUUCUUAACUUGCCCUCACUGUUGUAAUUUCUUACAGGGCAAAUUACUUAGCUACAUCUAAAUUUUUCUCAUUUGUAGAUUAGUAAUACU